GGUGGAUUUCUAAUGAAACGGCAGACUCGUAAACACACCGGUAGCUAAUCAUGAUGGUUCGAUUAACCUCCGCAGCAUUAUUAAGUAUGGUGUUGGUUUUAACUUGUUGGUCGACUAGCGCCUCUGCCAGCCUCCCUUUGGAAGAACAACUUCAACAGCUAAAAGACAACUACAAUGCCAAUGAUAUCGAAAUGAAGAGACUUUUGGCUGAAAAGAAUAGGCGAUUGGGGGUGCUGGAACUCAAACUGGAAUCCCUUCUACUUGCCCAGCAGCGAAAUAACCCAAUAAGGUUUGAUGUGUCUGAAAUAGACCGCAGCACACCAGUCGGAACGAGUGACGCUAUUCUGAGGCAAACAACUUCCAAAAUUCCGCGAUCCUGUGCCGAUAUCAAGACCAACGGACACACUUCUAGCGGAAUCUACUCCAUCAUAGGCGCUAAAUCAAUGGAAUCUGUUUUCUGCGAUUUUUGUAAAACAACAAGCGAUCCGAGCUUCCAAACGUUGAUUGGUUACGAGGACGUCAAGUCUAAACCUGUUUACUUCCACGUCCAGAGACUCUUCAGCGUUUUUAAUCAAUCAAAAACUCCGAUAUCCUUCGACACCGAACGAAUCAACGUGGGAGGAGCCAUGAACACAUCGUCAGGAAUAUUCACGGCACCCGUCACGGGCAAAUAUUUCUUUUCCUAUACCGGAACCGUGUUAUUUCCAAAGGCAAUGUAUAGGAUCAAUUUCAACGUGGGUCUGAUGAAGAAUGGGAAUGAUCCUUAUAGGAACGUCAUCGCGGCUGCUCACGCAGACUCCAUCAGCACCACCGACGUUCAAUUCGAAACCUUUGCGAUGGUGGCGACGCAACAUUUGGUCAAAGGAGAUCGCAUAUGGGUGGAGGUCUACCCAUUGUUGGAACCCGGCGUAAUCAUGUUUUUCAGCUGGGCUACCCAGUUUAAUGGUUUUCUUUUAGAAGAGGAUAUCUCUCAAUCUAUCAAAUCGUUGUGACCAGCCACUGGGUUGAAAUUCACUAGUCGAUUGAAAUACAAUUAAAUAUUCGAUGAAGAAAA